UAUUACAUCCGGGUCGGUCACUAUAUUCGUUCCGCUGUUACAUUUUAUAACGCUGAUCCAGGGAGAUGACGAAGAUAAGAUGUUGUCCUGUCUCGGUUGUCCCGUUCUUAGCCGGGUUCUCACCACUGGGGCUUCACGUGCCCCGGUUGCCGUGGUUGCAACUGGUGCAUCACACACUUCUGUAGCCGCCAGCACUGCCUCUCCCCCAAACUACAUGACACUUGUGCGAUACAACAGCAGCACAGCUCAACAGGAAACACCAAAGAAGACCAAAUUUGGACCUCUAGCUGACCAGGACAGAAUAUUCACUAACCUUUAUGGACGACAUAACUGGAGGCUGAAGGGUGCCCUGAGGAGAGGUGACUGGUACAAGACCAAGGGGAUUUUGGAUAAAGGAGUGGACUGGAUCCUGAAUGAGAUUAAGGUCUCAGGGCUGCGUGGCCGAGGAGGUGCAGGAUUCCCCACAGGGAUGAAGUGGGGCUUCAUGAACAAGCCCAGUGAUGGCAGGCCUAAAUAUCUGGUAGUGAAUGCUGACGAAGGAGAGCCCGGUACCUGCAAGGACAGAGAGAUCAUGCGUAAUGAUCCCCACAAGCUGAUUGAGGGCUGUCUGGUGGCUGGCAGGGCCAUGGGAGCACGUGCAGCCUACAUCUACAUCCGUGGAGAGUUCUACAAUGAGUCGUCCAAUCUGCAGGUGGCCAUUAACGAGGCCUAUGCAGCAGGGCUGAUUGGCAGGAACGCAUGCGGCUCAGGUUAUGACUUUGAUGUGUUUGUGAUGCGCGGUGCGGGAGCGUACAUCUGCGGAGAGGAGACGGCUCUCAUUGAGUCCAUCGAGGGAAAACAGGGAAAACCUCGUCUGAAGCCCCCUUUCCCUGCUGACACUGAUGUUAUUCAAGCUAUUGCCCGCUUAAUGGAAUUCUAUAAGCACGAGAGCUGUGGGCAGUGCACUCCUUGCAGAGAGGGAGUGGACUGGAUGAAUAAGAUGAUGUGGCGCUUUGUGAAAGGCGAUGCACAGUCAGCAGAGAUUGACAUGAUCUGGGAGAUCAGCAAGCAGAUUGAGGGCCACACCAUCUGCGCUUUGGGAGACGGAGCUGCAUGGCCAGUUCAGGGAUUGAUCUGUCACUUCCGCCCUUUAAUGGAGAACAGAAUCGCAGACUUCAAACAGAAACAGCAGGCGCAUGCUUGAAAGCUUCAUAUUUGCAUCCAUUCUCACUCAUCCAGUCACUUAUAGUUAUUUAAGCAAAACUGUUGUGGUCUCUCACUCGCUGAUAGGUAAACUGCUGGCAUCCUCCAUUUGCUUCUCUUACAUAUAUCAGGGACAUUAAAUAAAAGUCAUGUGGUUCUUUGAACCCUUUUUGCAAAUCUAUCCCACCGUGAUGAUAGAUUUAACAUCAUACUCCUGAUUGUGGAUGACUUGUGACACAUUAAAAAAAGAGUGAAAACUGUUUGAGCAGAUGCAUCACUCAUAUACAGUAACUGAGUAAAGGGUUAUGGUUGAUGUAAUUAUGUUAAAUCCCAUUAUGAUGUUAAUGCCAUUUUUCUUGAUAAGAAACUCUUACACUGUAUAAACACAUAUUUGUGGAAAUAAAGAGCCUAGAACUUGAAA